AUGACUUCUAAUAUUUCAACAGAAUUUUCUUCAAAUCCAAUUAUCUUAGAACGUGUUACUAAUCUUAAUGCACAGCAUGUUGAUUUAGUUCAUUGUCCAAUUUGUAGUCAUAUAUUAUGGAAACCUGUAACAUGUAGUUUAUGUGAAAAUUCUUUUUGUUGUCAAUGUGUUCAAAAAUGGUUAUUUGAACAACAAGAACAAAUAAUUGAAUAUAUAUAUAAUAAUAAUGAAAAUGAUUAUUUGAUAAAAUCCUUGUCCUUAACUCGAUGUCCAUUUAAUUGUUCACCUUAUAAAGAACGAAAAUGUCCACCAUUAUUAAUAUCAAUUUUAUCAAAAUUAACAAUUGAAUGUCGAAAUAAACCUUUUGGUUGUCAAGAAAUUCUUCUUUAUGAACAAUUAGAAAAACAUGAAGAAGAAUCUUGUCAAUAUAAAAUUAUUCAAUGUCCAGGUUGUAAACAAGAUAUGUUUAAAUCAAUUUUUGAUAAAGAGAAACAUUUAUUAAAUUGUCUUUAUAUUGAAUUAGUAUGUAAAAAAUGUCAAAGUAUAUUUAAACGAAAAGAUAAACAUAGUGAAUUUGAUUGUAUGGAACAACAAAUUUAUCUAUUAGAACAAAAUAUGAUUAAAUUUGAAGAAAAAUCUUCUAAAAUAUUUGAUAUUCAAAAAAAUAAAAUCGAUAUACUUCAAGAAAAAUUUGCUAUCAUUGAAGAAAUAUAUGGACAUGAUGAUACAGAUGAUCAUGAUGAUCAACAAACAAACAAGACAAUAAAUUCUAUUCGAAUGUCGACUCAAUUAUUUGGUUUUCAAUCAAUAGUAAAAUGGCCAAUAAUGGUUACAGCUGGAUUUAUCAUAUUUAUUAUAUUCAUUUUAUUAAUAUGA